UAACCCGAAGGACGAACUGCAACUAGACGGGAUUUCCUCUCUGAUAUUUGCACCUUCUGCCCAUCGAUAAUUCCCCCCCCCCCUGUGUUGUCGACACGGACUUUGGAGAUUAGUGUUCUCUUUUCUGGGAUUUUAUCCGGCUUGUGUUCUCUUUGUGGCGUGGAUACAGCCUCAAAUGUUGCUCUCUGUUUGAGCAAGGCCGACAGGACCGAUAUAUUCUGCUGAAGUUAUCCGGGUCGUUUUCGAUUUAUUUUUUUGUGUGUGUGCCGUGUUCCUGCGUUGGACACCAUGCAGACUGCUCUCUUGAAUUAUGUUUUCAAAUUGAGCGCAGCCGAUUAGGCUCCUUCACACACUGACUCACUCCUCGAUUUGGUCUACGAUCCAUACAGCGCUAUCAGAAGAUGCCAAAUGUUCAAAUGUCCCCGCUGUGUUUGGAUUUAUCACUUUCCCCUCGAUUUUAAUGCAGUUUCCCCCCGUUUGGCCCCCUCAGUUUCUACCUCUGCUGGUGGCGAGCUGAAAACCACAAGGCUCGUGUGUUCCUGCGUUCACGACAAGUAGUUCGUUUUUUGACAAUAAUCCCCUGCUAUCGUCCUGCUUCGUAUGAUGUAUGAGAGUGUGGACGUUGUGGGACUGAAUCCCAGCCCGAACCCGUUUUUAAUGAUGGAUUACUACAACCAGAGCAGAGGAUGCUUGAUCCCAGAGAAAGGACUGGUGCCCGGAGCGCCCCAUCCCUACAGCACGUCCAUCAGGAACCAGCACUGGAACGGCUCCAAUCACUCGAUAGAGACCCAGAGUACCAGCUCAGAGGAGAUAGUGCCAAGCCCGCCCUCACCUCCCCCACCGCCCCGCGUCUACAAACCCUGCUUUGUGUGCCAGGACAAGUCCUCAGGGUACCACUAUGGUGUCAGCGCCUGCGAGGGCUGCAAGGGCUUCUUUCGGAGAAGCAUCCAGAAGAACAUGGUGUACACUUGUCACCGGGAGAAGAACUGUAUCAUCAACAAAGUCACCCGCAACCGCUGCCAGUACUGUCGGCUGCAGAAGUGCCUGGAAGUGGGGAUGUCCAAGGAGUCGGUGAGGAACGACCGGAACAAGAAGAAAAAGGAUGAGAAGAAGCAGGAGUGCACGGAGAGCUAUGUGCUGAGCCCCGACACAGAGCAGAUGAUCGACAGGGUUCGCAAGGCUCACCAGGAUACUUUCCCCUCUCUCUGCCAGCUGGGCAAAUACACUACGACUAACAGCUCAGAACGACGCGUGUCCUUGGACGUAGACCUGUGGGACAAGUUUAGUGAACUCUCCACCAAGUGUAUCAUAAAGACGGUGGAGUUUGCUAAGCAGCUGCCUGGCUUCACAACGCUCACUAUUGCCGACCAGAUCACUCUGCUCAAAGCCGCCUGUCUGGACAUCCUGAUACUGCGGAUCUGUACACGCUACACACCAGAGCAAGACACCAUGACUUUCUCAGAUGGACUCACGCUAAACCGAACCCAGAUGCACAACGCAGGCUUUGGUCCCCUCACCGACCUGGUUUUUGCCUUCGCCAACCAGCUCCUUCCUCUGGAGAUGGACGAUGCAGAGACAGGGCUGCUCAGUGCCAUCUGUUUGCUGUGUGGAGAUCGUCAGGACUUGGAGGAGGCAGAGAAGGUGGACGUCCUGCAGGAGCCCCUUCUGGAGGCGCUGAAGAUUUACGUGAGGAAGAGGAGGCCCCACAAACCGCACAUGUUCCCCAAGAUGCUGAUGAAGAUCACUGAUCUGAGAAGCAUCAGUGCUAAAGGAGCUGAGCGUGUCAUCACCCUGAAGAUGGAGAUCCCCGGCUCCAUGCCCCCUCUCAUCCAGGAGAUGCUGGAGAACUCAGAAGGUCUGGAAAGUGGUGCUGCAGGCGGCCGGCCAAGUGGCGCCCCCCCAGGCAGCUGCAGCCCCAGUCUGUCCCCCAGCUCUGCCCAAAGCAGUCCAGCCACACAAUCGCCGUAGUAGCGGCCCACUUUUUAUUUUUCCUCACAACGCUCUCAGUCUCCUCGCUCGAUGUUCUGAAGGGGAGGGGUGAAGGAGGAGGGACCUAGACUCUGACUGCUGAACACUGGAGACUGGCAGAGCCAACCUCCUCCUCUCCUAUGACACAAAUCCCCACCUCCUGAUCUGCUUUCCCUCACUCUGAAGCACUGUCCUGACGUGAGGGGAGGUAAGGCCGGGGCAGGCCGGGACAACAGGAUGCCUCCGAGAGACCACACCGUAAACACUGCUGAUGACUCCUCCUCCUUCUCCCUCCACUCCCUUCUCCACUGCUGCUCCUCCCCUCUCCACCUUUCUCCAAAAGACUGAUGGAAACAAAUCUGGAUGCAGUGGAGACCAGUUUUGAAUGGAACUGAGAUUGGGUGGGGCAUCGUGGGACAAAUAUAUGGACAAGGACAAUGCAUACAGACUGACUUGACAAACACCAGACACUUUUUUUGUUGUACUCUGAGGCAGACUGCAAGCUUUGGACCCCCCCUCCUCAUAGACUUUGGGUCUUUUCUCUUUUUCCAACUUCAAAAAACAGGAUUUCGUACAAAAAGAUAUAUAAAUAUAUAUAGAAAAGUUAAGGAACUAUUGUGAUUGACAUGUCCAGAACAGAAUGGCAGGUUGAAAUGAGGACAUGUUUUCUGAGAUUAGAAAUUGUUGUACUGCUUCACUGUUUGAAUCUUUUCAUACCCAUCAAGAGUAUUGAGAGAGAUUGUUUCAGUUUUAUCACAUUUGUACAUCCUUCUAGUUAACAAAAAGCAAAAGAUAUUGAAAUUUCUCUCCAGUCCACACAUACAAACAAAUGUGCACAGAAAACAAGUCGCAAUGAAUAUCACCUACUAUUCCAGGUUGGAUUUGUUUU